AUGAACAAGCGAACUGUCUUAUUGAUCUUAUUUGUACUCAUAUUUUUCACAUUAAUUCUUUCACUUGUUUCCUCCACUCACCGUCCAAGUCUCGAGUUAUUUAGUGACUUACUCAAGCUUCAAACUUUUUCCCACAGUACGACCCCAAAUGACCAAGAUAACCUUAGUGAAAAACCCUCAGACAGAGAGGAUGAAUUUGUUUAUCCCACAUACACAGACCAUCUCUUGAACACUUCGAACUUCCAUUACUCUGGUGCGUGCAGGCAAAUCUUUCGAUACAAACAGUCGACGAGCCGCGAUUUGUGGUUAACUGCAUUUUCCUUCGACACCACCCAGAAGUGGCUUUCAAUCAAAUCGCAAGCCGAACGGGCGUUUUCAAUAGCGAAAAGUGGAAUUCCAAAUGCCUCGAAACACGUCUUACUGUUAACCCCGCCCAACGACGACUUCAUGAACACAAUGAAACUGUUUAAUGUCAGUGUCGAUGUCGUCGAUUAUGGUCUGGAGAAGACGAACGGCGCUGUCAUGCGUUUCUUUGCAGCGAGAAAUUGGAUCACGGAACACCGCAAGGAAUACGACCGAAUCAUCUUCUCGGACUUUAAAGACGUCUUCAUCUUCGCAGACGCUUUUAAGACCUUUUCCAAUGAUGAUUUUGUCGUUCUGAUGGAGUGCUGGGCUUUCAACAACACGGACUCGUGCUGGAAAUUGGACGACAAAACUAACCGCAGAUGGAUCACGGACACAUUUGGGGAAGCGGUCGGGGAUGCCUAUGCAAAUAACAAAACACUCUUGUCUAAUGCGGGAAUAGUCUUUGGCGGGACUGAAAAGGUUUUAAAAUACUUUGAAAUCGUCACUCAUAACAUGAAGAGAGAAAAAUAUGGGCUAUGGGGGCACGACCAGGCUGUCCACAAUUACGUGUUAAAUACACUCCAAUUGGACUCCCUCAAUCUGACUAAAGAUUAUUGUACACAAAGAGUCUGUUUCGGUGAAGCAUGGUCUACUAUAUGGGACCCACAGACCGGCGCUAUAUUUACUAAGGAGACCGGCUGUUCCCCAGUUAUUAGGCACAAAAUUUGGUUUGACAAUUACAAACACUACUAUGGCUAA